AUGGCGCCGACAUUGUGUUUCAACUGCAAAGAGGCGCGGGCCGUCAUCAUCCGACCCAAGAACAGACAUAAGCUCUGCCGUGCCUGCUUCAUCCAGAUCUUCGAAACCGAAGUCCACGAGACUAUCAUCGGCACAAACCUCUUCUUCCGCGGGGAGCGAAUCGCUAUCGGAGCGAGUGGCGGAAAAGACAGUACAGUACUGGCAGCAGUACUGAAGACUCUCAAUGAACGAUACGAUUAUGGAUUGGACCUGUGCUUGUUGUCCAUCGACGAGGGCAUCCGUGGCUAUCGCGACGACAGUCUAGAGACUGUGAAGCGCAACGCAGUACAAUAUGACAUGCCCCUCGAGAUCGUGGGAUACGGCGAGCUAUACGGUUGGACCAUGGAUCAGGUGGUGGAACAAGUUGGCAAGAAGGGAAACUGCACAUACUGCGGCGUGUUCCGGCGGCAGGCUCUCGACCGAGGCGCCGCCCGCUUGAAAAUCAACCACGUGGUGACGGGCCACAACGCAGAUGAUGUUGCGGAGACAGUUAUGAUGAACCUGCUUCGCGGUGAUCUGCCCCGUCUGUCGCGCGGUACUAGUAUCGUCACGGACUCCGGCGCUUCGGAUAUCAAGCGCAGCAAGCCUCUCAAGUACGCCUACGAGAAAGAGAUUGUUCUCUACGCCCAUCACAGACAGCUCGAUUACUUCAGUACCGAGUGUAUCUACUCGCCUGAGGCAUUCCGUGGCAGCGCUCGUACUCUGAUCAAAGAUCUUGAGAAGAUCCGACCAAGUUCGAUUCUCGAUAUCGUCAAGAGUGGUGAAGAUAUGGCUGCGCUUGUACCAGUGGAGGUCCGUGGUACCACCAAAUCCAAGCAGUCUGGCGCGGCAGAAGAGGAGUCGAGCGGUGGCUGUGGUAGCCAAAAUGGCCGCACCAGCGGCGGAGAGAUGGCCUCAAUGGAAAAGCAGCUUGCGGACAACGAUGCGGCUGAAUCACACGAAACUGAGAUCAAGCUUCCGGCUGCUCCACCAGCCAAAAACCGAGGCCAAACUCGUGGCCUGGCUUCGAGACCAAUCAAGGCUCAAACCAUCAAACACUGUGAGCGUUGUAACUACAUCUCCAGCCAGCGUGUCUGCAAGGCAUGUCUGCUACUGGAUGGUCUCAACCGGAACAGGCCCAAGACUUCAAUCGAGGUCGGAAUGGAGGACGAGGAAGGCAGUUCGACUUUGAUGCGCCAGAUGGAGCGUGCUCAUCUCAGUGCUACCUGA